GGAUUCUUGUACAACCCCGAUCGUUCCAUUGAUAAGAACAGCAAGGAACUGCCCUGCGGUAUAGCAGACGUAGCUGCAGCAUUCGAAUGGGUACGAGCCAACAUAUCUGCCUUUGGAGGAGAUCCAGGCAAUGUCACGUCCUUCGGGCAGUCCGCGGGCGGAUACAUCACGCAGACGCUCCUCGAGCUACGACCUGAUCUCUUGGAGCGCGGCAUUUUGCAGAGCAGCCCUGCCGCCAUUACAACCCCUCCUGAGCUGGGCAUGGCAGUCCGAAAGGACUUUGAAGAGAAUCUACCAAGCGGAGUGACGGUUGACAGCGCAAGCACUGAACAAAUCACUGCUGCUCAGUUGGCGACGACAAUGAAUUUCGCAAAGACCACUCCGGCACCCUUUGCACCGACGGCAACCUUUGGCCCCGGACUAUCACCCGACGACAAAAUCAGAGGAACCGGUCGUGCAGCUCUUGCUUCAGGAAGUAAGAAGAAGAAAAUCCUAGUGGGGUGGACCAAGACAGACGGCUUGAUCUUCUCGCAGAUCGGUGCACCACCAGGGACGCCCGUUUCGGAUCUGAAGGACAUCACGGAUGAGCUUUUCCGAGACGGAAGCAAGGCAAUCGCAGAGAAGUGGAAGGUUGAUGGCCACGACGUCACCACAUUCGAGAUGAACUGGUCGCCACCUCAUCUCGAGCUAGGGCCAACGCACUGCACGGAUCUGCCACUCGUUUUUGGGACACAGACGUGGAGGGCCUCCCCGUUUCUGAGUGAAGAUAGUAUACCCGAGUGGGACGCUCGAGGAAAGAGGUGGAGGCAGGCUCUUGGAGAAUUCGUUAAGAAAGGGACAAGGAUUGAGACAACCGACGGCAUCGAGGUCUUCUAAGAGAAUUGCAGAAAGUAUGUAUUACAUCACUUGUUUUCCUAUUCAUACUAGGAGAAUAUAGCUAGCCUACUGGCUGCAAAUAUUUACUAGUCUUAAUGUUUUUCUCGUUC